AGAGCUUCUGGCGAACAGUAACAAAUGAAACCAAGCGGCAAUUUUGGAACAACGAACUCAAACAAAACUCCAGAUAUAUUGAGCAAAUGUAUAAGCAGAUCAUCCAGCCUGUUUGCCUUUUCUUGUUUAUGUUUUUCGGAAGUACUUUUUAGAAUGCAGCAGCCGUUAUUUGUGAAUCACUGAGUCCCACUGGAGGGAAUGGAAUGAGGCUCUUAGUCAUGGCUGACUUAAACUGACAUACAGCCCAAAUCCUGUGUAUAUUUGCCUAGAUUAUAAGCAAGUUGCAGUGUAUUCAGUUGGGCUUACUCCCAAAUAAGUGUGCAUAGAAUUGCCCAUUGUAUUCAUACGGAUCCUGAUGACUUCAGAUAAGCUGACUGAAAAGUACAACCCAAAGUAAGAAGCAAUUGCUGGUGUCUGACUCAAGGAUCAAAGGAUGAUUUCUAACAUAUCUGCCAUGGAAGAAUUAAUUGUUGAACUGCAACUGUUUCUUCAGCUUCUGGACCAUGAAUACUUAACAACCACAGUCAGGGAGAAAAAGGCAGUUUUGAGUAACAUUCUUCUGAGGAUACAAUCAUCAAAAGACUUUGAGAUAAAAGAAAAUGCACAGAAACAAGAGGUUGUCAAUAACUUACCUGCCCCUCCUCAGAUGCCUCUGCCAGAGAUUCCUCAGCAAUGGCUGCCGCCAGAUAAUGGCCCACCACCGUUACCUUCCUCAUCCCUUCCUGAAGGUUACUAUGAAGAGGCAGUGCCACUCAGUCCAGGAAAGGCUCCAGAAUACAUUACAUCCAAUUAUGAUUCUGAUGCUAUGAGCAGCUCUUACGAGUCUUAUGAUGAAGAGGAUGAGGAUGGGAAAGGGAAAAAAAUGAGACAUCAAUGGCCUUCUGAAGAAGCAUCAAUGGACCUUGUUAAGGAUGCUAAAAUCUGUGCGUUCCUUUUAAGAAAGAAGCGAUUUGGACAGUGGACUAAACUGCUUUGUGUGAUCAAAGAAAACAAACUACUGUGCUAUAAAAGUUCCAAGGACCAGCAGCCUCAGAUGGAACUGUUGUUGAGUGGCUGCAAUAUUACAUAUAUUCCCAAAGACAGUAAAAAGAAGAAGCACGAGCUGAAAAUCACACACCAAGGGCAAGAUGCUCUAGUGCUUGCUGUACAGAGCAAGGAGCAGGCAGAUCAGUGGCUGAAGGUCAUUAAGGAAGUCUGCAGCAACUGUGUUGGAGCUCCAGAUUCAGAUGGCCCUUCAUCUAAUUCUCCUGUACACAAGACUGAACUGGAAAAGAAACUGUCUUCAGAAAGACCAAGUUCUGAUGGCGAGGGUAUUAUAGAAAAUGGAAUAGCUGCAAUCUGUAAUGGAAAAGAGCAAGUAAAGAGGAAAAAGAGCUCUAAGACAGAUUCUAAGGGGACUGUGUCUAAAGUAACAGGAAAGAAAAUAACAAAGAUAAUUGGCUUAGGAAAGAAGAAGCCCUCCACAGAUGAGCAAACCUCAUCAGCUGAAGAAGAUAUUCCAACUUGUGGAUAUCUUAAUGUGCUGUCAAACAACCGUUGGCGUGAGCGCUGGUGCAGAGUGAAAGAUAAUAAGCUAAUUUUCCAUAAAGACAGGACAGAUCUGAAGACCCAUAUUGUCUCAAUUCCUCUCCGCGGUUGUGAAGUUAUUCCAGGAUUGGACUCCAAACAUCCCUUGACAUUUCGUCUGCUUCGAAAUGCACAGGAGGUUGCAGUAUUAGAGGCUUCAUCUUCAGAAGAUAUGGGCAGGUGGAUUGGUAUUUUGCUGGCUGAAAGUGGCUCAUCUGCAGAUCCUGGCACUCUGCACUAUGACUACAUAGAUGUGGACAUGACAGCAAGUGUCAUUCAAGCUGCAAAGCAGACCUUCUGUUUUAUGAACAGACGUGUUCUCUCUACUAAUCCUUAUCGAGGAAAUGCUGCCAAUGGCUACGCGUGUCCCAGCGGGAUGGCACUUCAUUACGAUGAUGUCCCUUGCAUAAAUGGAUCAGUAAGAAUUGAUCUUUGUUGGGAACCAGAAGAUGGCUUUCAUACUUCUUGUAGCAGAAACAUGGGAGAAGAUGGGCUCUAUGAUAAUAUGGGCCUGUACGAUAACUUGCCGUCUCCGAAAAUCUUUGCCUGCUAUCCACCAGCAGAGCGAAAAACCAAUAGGUUAUCUACUGACAAACUGUCUUCUAACCACUAUAAAUAUCCUGUCUCAUCCAAUCUAUCUUCUGCUCAGUCUGUCACUAAUACCUCUGCUAUGGGGAGGGGAUCUGUGUCGCAGUUUAAAGGAAAGAAGGCUUCUGCAGCUGCAAAUGGGAUUAUGGGGAAAGGAAGAACAUUAAACCCACAAAAGAAAUCAGAAUUUUCUUCAAAUGUGAAACGCAGUACUUCUAACGCUGAACAGUACAAAUAUGGGAAGAACCGUGUUGAAGCAGAUGCAAAGAGGUUACAGACCAAAGAGGAGGAGUUGUUAAGGAGAAAAGAAACUCUGAGGAAUCGCCUAGCUCAGCUUCGAAAGGAAAGGAAAGACCUUCGAGCAGCCCUUGAAGUGAAUGCUGGUAGGAAAACUCUAAUUAUUCUUGAAGAUAAACUAAAGAAGUUAGAAGAAGAGUGUAAGUUGAAAGAGUCCGAACGUGUUACUCUGGAACUAGAGUUAACAGAGGUGAAAGAGAACCUGAAGAAAGCCUUGGCUGGUGGUAUCACAUUGGGACUGGCAAUUGAGCCUAAAUCGGGAACCUCAACUGCACAGUCUCCAGUUCUAAAGCAUCAGACCCUAGAGAAUUCACCUAUCUCCAGCUGUGAUACAAGUGAUACAGAAUGUUCUGUGCCUGUGAACAGUGCUGUAGUCCUGAAAAGACAUUCCUCCUCAAGCACUUCUCCAUGCAGAGGCCAUGUGCUUCAGAAAGCAAAGGAAUGGGAGCUGAAAAAUGGAACAUAAAGAAGCAAAAUCAUCACUAGCACUCUACUUUAAGGCUCUGUUUGGAACACCUAAUGUUGUGCUAAACCGAAAAGAAAAAACCUGCUCCAAAGAGGAUGCAAAAUGCCUUGGGCAUCAGACCUUUUUUGAUCCUUCUAUCCUUCCCCAUGAGAUCAUCCAGGGAUUUUCCAGAAAGAGAUCUCAGACCCAAAGUGAAAAUUCCAGUCAAUAUGGAUCACAAUAUAAAAUUGGGUUUAGGGAAAACUAGGUCAUAAGCAACUGGCACCUUCUGGAUGGGCUGUUACAGACAAAUGUAAUGGAAUGCCUUUGCCUUUAAUUUGUUGUUUCAACAAGAUCUAAAGAUGCAAAUAUGAUAAUAUAUUAGCAGCAGCAGCAUCUCCUAGGCCAGGGGUGGGGAACUGGAUUUGGUGGGUGGGCAGGAUCCUUAUGCUCCAACUCUCCACAGGCCAAGUUUGACAGGUGGGCAGGACUACCCACAUGUCAAUCACAUGACCUCCCAUCAGGUGACCCAUUUUUGUCCAUGUUGAAAAUCAAACUGGGGGCAAAGGGACAGCGCUGACCUUCAGAGCUUGUAAAGCACUGUACAUGUAGCUUUGCAGGUGCCACCAGUCAGGUGAUCAGCAUUGUCUACAACCCCCCUUUGUCCCAACCACAGGAAAAGGGGAGCAGGUGGGUGUGGCUUGGCUGAAAUGGCCUCAUGGGCCAAAUGGAGAGGCUUGACGGGACUAAUCAGGCCUACAGGCCGGAGGUGGUCCUUGUAUAUACUGCAACUCCAUGGAGUCAGUGUCCAGAUGAGGAAGGAUUAAAAUCCCCAUAAAAGUUCGCAGAUGUUUCUCAUACUUGAGUUCCAACCCGACCAUCCACAUUGCCCAGGUUUGGAUUCCUGCUCUGUUUGAAGUGCUGCCAUAUUCAGAAUGGUAGAGACGGUAUAGACCAAACCAGAUCCGAGUACAAUACUGUUUGUUUUGCUACUUUAUCGGUUGCUUGAAUAUGUCAUUGCUGUCAGUAGUCAUCACUGUGUGCAUACAAUCACUUUAUUCUUUUCAAAGAGCUAGCUUGGUUUGUUUCUUGAGAAUCCUGCUUCUGAUUAGAAAGGCAAUCUGUUAUCUUCAGCCAGAAGCACCCUACUGGCCAGCUGACUUGGAUUUUCUGCCUGUGGAGACAGAAAAAUAUCCCCAUUAUGUUUUCCUUUCAUAUUGAGGAAGUGAGGAGGGUAGCUCUGUGCAUGCAGAUGAAUUUGUGUAUGGAACAGUCUCCAGUAGUGUAACGAAUGGAGCAGCCCAUGUAAAGAGUGGGGUAAUCUCUAUACACAUCACAUGUACCAAGUUGUUUACAUAAAAUGGUUACUGUUAAUUUCAGAAAGAUGGAAGAGGAUAAAUUGCUCCACGAAGGGAGUAAAUUUUUCCUGAGAACCUGUAGAUAUAUGGAGUGGGUUGGUGCCACUGCCAACUUCUUUUUUCAUUCUGUUGUCAUUUUUCCUCUACCACUUGUCUGGAUUGUAUGAUAAUUUGACAGGGUUUUAUAAACUGAGCAAAAAUAUCUGUAUCCCAUCAAUUGUUCCAUGCAAGGAAGUGUAUACAAAAGUUAUUUUAUUUAGGCAAAUUAUUUUUAAACUAAUUUAUUUGUAUAUUACAUUAAAUGUUUAAUUUAUAGAUGUACAUAUUUAUGAUAUAUACUAGAUUUCGAUCAGCACGUUUAAUAAGGAAGCAACGUCUGUUAUUGUCCCAUUUAAACAGAUCACACAUCAUGUAACACAGAGUAUAAUAACUAGAAUAAAUUACCAGAUAUGUGCAAUUUUAUUUUUCCGUUGUGAAAAUUAUUUUGAGCAGAGGGUGCAUUUUAAAGUUUAAUUGCUGCAUCUUCAUAUCUUUUCCUAGGCUGGUAAAUUCCACUAAACUCGGGCCCAAGACAGAUGUGCAGAUCUUGGAGAGUCUGCUGUUCUCUGCAGCUUUUUAAGGACAGAUGCAAACAUUUCCAAAGUGAAUGAAAUGCAGGGGAACUGGUUCUUCCUGUUUCUAGGAAAAAUUGGCUUGGCAGAGUUCUGAUUAGCUAACUCUUUUGACGAUACUUUGCUACCUCCUCAUCUAGCUAAGCAGAGUACUAAUCGACUGGCUUGUGUGACAGACCACCCCCAAUUAAUUUAAAAUAAAAAAACCAAAUGCUCGUCCUACACAGAGUGGAUCCAUUGAAGUUAACAGACAUGACUGACUUAGGUUCAAUCAUUUCAGUGGGUCUACUCCAAGUAGAACGAAUUCAACCUUAAAUGUAUUGGCAUCUUUUUCUUAAGGUACCAAAUACAUAUCUUAAAAAGUUAAGACAUGAUGGGCAUACAUGCACACAAAGAUUUUUUUAAAAUACAAAAGCUUGCCUAUACCAGAUAAUGAGUGGGGUACACAUGAGUGGAGAGGGAAAAUGCAGCAGAAAUACAUGAACCCCCUUUCUGUCUUGGGCCUGAGAGGGAAAUGAGUCUCUGUGUAACUCAGUUUGAGCAAAACCUUCCAACAGAAUGUUUGUUACCCUUAAUACAGAGGUGGGAAUUUGUUUAGCAAAUGUCUUAUUUUGUAGGAAGUAGUUUUGCUACAAUAUUAUUAAAUUUCAUCUCCUUGAGGGUUAGUACUUUUCAAAAACAAGACACUGGGCAAUGGUUGGUAUAAUACACCUGUGCCCACCUUUCCCCCCUCCCCACCCUUUGAGUCCUUCUGAUGACAGUGCUGUUACUGGUUGGUUUUUUUUAUCUUGCCAGUGUUUGAUACAGAUAAUGCGCAGUAUGGAUGUAUACAGAUAAAACUGCAGAAACAAAAACAGAGCCUCUUCAUAGACCACAUUAAAUACUGUGAAAUAUACUCCAUCCCCUUUCUUAGUGUCUUAUGUUUACUUAUGCGGUAAAGUGCUUUGGCAUUCCUCUGUAUGGACAAGGGGUGUUUUACAUGCCUCCUCUUGAAUAAUUUCAUUGGCUUUCGCCUGAGUAGAAGGGUUGGCAUGCUCAUGGGCUCCUUGUGCAAUCUUCUCUUUUGAUAAACCAGUUACCAGCAUUCUGUCACACACUGCCAUGAAUCCAGGAUAAAGGCUAUGCAGAUUGGAGACAAUGCCUCAUCUGUUUCCCUUUCCCAUCAUGCAUUUCACACAGGCCUUUAGCAAGUUUUUUAAAAUAACAACCAAGAGGGCUUUUAUGUAAUAAUUUAUCAGGCUGCCUUGACAACAGUGCUCCCAAUUGCUUUAAAAAUGUUUUUGUACAUUACAUUUCUAUGUGAGGAACAUUUUACUGAUCUAGGUUUUCAAACUAAAGGAUAAACCAGGAACUAUUUUUUAUUUUUGUUCUAGAAGCUGCAUUAUGUCAUCAGGUCACAAUGUGGGUGUUUUUUAAAUGUCAGGUUAUAGUUUGGGGAACAAGAGAGUUUUAAAAAAUAUUUGUAAUAAUACAUUUUGUACCAGUCUUCCAUUAUUACUAUACCUACCAAUGAAUCUGAGCUGUUUGGCCUAAAAUAAUGUCCUUGUAUUAAGACUGUAAUUAUUUUUCUUACUGUAUUUUCAAAGACAAGAUCAUAUUUAAAGUUUCCCAUGAAGAAGGAACAAAAAAGCAAGAAAAAACAUUUAUUUUGUGAGCUUUUGGUAUGUUCUCAUGUAAUGUUUCUGUAUUUUAUUUUACAUUUUAUUUCUCUGGAAUUUCUCAGUAUAUGGCUGCUGUUAGGAAUGAAAUGCUGGACUAGAGAAACCUUGGCCAGCAGGGUGAUCAUUAUCUUCUGAGAAAAACAUUUCAGAUUUUAAAGAGUCCAAAUGGAAAAAAUGGCCCACAAGAAACCUAGGCCUUACUAGCUUUGAUUAACUUUUUACCUUUCUGUCCCAGAAAGUAAUAUGACAGGCACCUAAUUG